CACAGCAGCCAGCAGCAGACAACAAAGAGCUUCUACCUGAGGCAGAGAUCACCUACGAGGAGAGAGAAGAAGCACACCUGUUGUUUAUGACGGUUGUCUUCAAUCAGCAAAAAGGAUGGCGCACAGAGGCAGCGUGAGACCUUUCGUCAACUUCAACGCCAAACAUGAUGCUGAAAUUCUCCACAAAGCCAUGAAAGGAAUCGGUACGGAUGAAGAUGCGAUCCUCAUGCUCCUGACCGCUCGCAGCAACGAUCAACGCCAGCAAAUUAAGGCAGCGUACAAGAAGGCCUACGGAAAGGACUUGGUCAGCGCUCUGAAAUCAGAGCUCGGUGGGCUGUUUGAGAGUCUGAUCGUGGCCCUGAUGACCCCAUCUACCUUAUACGAUGCUUCCCAACUGCACAAGGCUCUCAAGGGUGCUGGGACUGAUGACGACGUGCUGAUUGAGAUCCUGGCCUCCAGGACUGGUGAGCAGAUUAAAGACAUUGUCAAAGCAUACAAGAAAGAGUUCAGCAGUAAGCUGGAGAAGGAUAUCUGCGGUGACACCUCUGGGCACUAUCAGAAGCUGCUGGUGAUCCUCGUGCAGGGGAGCAGGGAGGAGGGAGUAGAUGAGGAGAAGAUCGAGAAAGACGCAAAGGACUUGUAUGCUGCUGGUGAGGGCAAGUUUGGCACAGAUGAGGAAAAAUUCAUCACAAUUCUUGGCAACAGGAGCGCAGAGCAUCUCAGAAAGGUGUUCGAUGCCUACAAGAAGAUCUCUGGCUCUGAUAUCGAGGAGAGCGUUAAAGGAGAGACCACUGGAAAUCUGGAGAACUUACUGGUGGCCGUUGUGAAAUGUGUCAGAAGUGUCCCCGAGUUUUUCGCUGAAGGUCUGUACAGAUCUAUGAGGCGUGCUGGAACUGAUGAUGACACCCUGAUGAGAAUAAUGGUGUCGAGGAGCGAGGUGGACAUGUUGGACAUCAGAGCCAGCUUCAAAAAGAAGUAUGGAGCGUCUCUUUACACCACCAUCCAGGAGGACACAACUGGGGACUACCAGAAGGCUUUACUCUACCUCUGUGGAGGGAAUGAUUAAUGCUGAUAUGACUUGUUUAGCAGCGCUGACUGAUGAGCCGCUGUGGGCUGCCAGACAGAGCUGCACGUGAGAUGAGGUUAUCGAUCCAGAGUUGUUCAUUCUUUCUGACUUUAGCUUGCUAUUGAUUGAAUUAGUGUGAAUUACCUACUUGUCAUUUUGGACUUAUGACAGUAUACCUCUGUAUGAUCAACAAUUAGAGUGCACUGCCUUAAAAGAUAUUUAUUUCUAUUUAAUAUUAGGCAAAUGAGUCCAUGUACAAUGUAGCUAUGUUUGAAAUAAUUAGGCUACUUUGUUAAACACUGAAAUGUUUUUUGCUGUGGCCCUGUUUAUUGUCAGAUUUACACACAAUGUUAGCGGUUGUUUUUAGUGCUCGCAGCAUGUGUUAAAUGCAUCUUAGAAAAUACAAUACUGCUGCUGAAUUAUUAAACGCUACAUGUAGACAGCUC